GACCGGACUGCUUUAUAAACUGCCGUCCGCGAGAUGUCCACCUGUCCGUUCCAACGGAAAAACAUACGAACCUGCGUGGCAGUGCGGCGGUGGCGAAGCGGGAAACGAGAGCGUCAAAAAAGGAGGUCUAAAUUUGGCCGUCAGAACAAGUUUGAUUGAGAAGAGCGUUCUUUUAACUGACUAUAAUAAUAAAAAAAACUUAAGUAUCGCGUAAUUGAAUUGCCAAAAAAAGUUCCACUCGUUCUGCCUGGGGAAUGACCCUAAGGGUGCCAUCUGAGAAGUAGACUACUGUACCCAGCUGCUCUGUGCCAGUACAAUCGCGUUUCUCGCAUCCUUUCCGGCUUUCCGUGGGAGAGAGGGAUUCUACGCCCACGUCCAAGGGGUUCGGUGAGGUUCUCCCCUGCCAAAAUGCUGGUGGACGAGCGUCUUUGGACUCUCUUCAAACGGAACUGUCAGCACACCCUGACGUACUGGAGCGUGUUCUUCAGCUUCGGACUGUGCAUAGCCUUCCUCGGUCCCACGAUCCUGGACCUGCGGUGUCAGACGCAGUCCACUCUGAAGGAAAUAACGUGGGUGUUCUUUUCCCAGCAGUUCUGUUUGCUCAUCGGCAGCACGAUCGGAGGCGCCUUCAAGAAAACGUUGCUAUGCGCCCUGUCGGCGCUCUUCCUCUCCUCCCUGAUGAUCUCGGUCAUCUUCGCCAUCAUCCCGCUCUGCCACAACGUGCUGCUCCUGGCCGUCGCCAUGGCUGUGGCGGGCCUGGCCAUGGGCAUCAUCGACACCAUCGCCAACAUCCAGCUGGUCAAGAUCUACCAGAAGGACUCCGCCGUCUUCCUUCAGGCUCUGCACUUCUUCAUCGGGUUCGGGGCUCUGGUCAGCCCGCUGAUCGCCGACCCCUUCCUGUCCGAGACCAACUGCGUGGGCGGCAACAUGACGGAGAACAUGACGGAGAUCAUGCACCACCUGAGGAACACGCUCUCCGGCGCGGGGGGCCACUCCCACAACGUGUCCCAGUACUCGCUGCCCACCGAGGGGGAGGUGACCACCAGCGUGUCCUACGCCUUCUGGAUCAUGGCCCUGAUAAACCUGCCCGUGCCCAUUGCGGUUUUCGUGCUGAUGUACCGGGAGCGGCUGGUCCCCUGGUGUGGCAGCAGCGACCCCCGCCUGCUGGACCGGGACGAGCUGGCCCUGGAGACCCAGGGCGGGGCGGAGCAGGAGCCCGAGGAUAAGGACGCGGAUGCCGGGGGACACGGGGACCUGUUCAGUUGUUGUCAGAAUGAUAACUUGCGGGGCCUGCCGCCCUCUUUUUUCGGGAUCCACAUUCUGGGGGGGCUGGUCCUCUUCAUGACGGACGGGAUUGUGGGGGCGUACGCUGGCUUUGUGUACACCUACGCUGUGUCUCCUCCCAUGGCGCUGGCGCACAAGACGGCGGGCUACCUGGCCAGCGUCUUCUGGGCGGCCAUCACCGCCGGGCGCCUGGUGUCCAUCCCGCUGUCCUAUCGCUUCCCGCCUGUUCGGCUGCUCACCGUCAACCUGGCUGGUGUGAUCACCACAGUGUUGUUGCUGCUCAUCUUCUACACCAGCAGUGUGUUCCUGUUUGUGGGGACGUCCCUGUUGGGCCUGUUCCUCAGCAGCAUCUUCCCCUGCAUGCUGGCCUACACCGAGGACAUCCUGGAGUACCAAGGAUGUGCCACCACAGUCCUGGUCACCAGCGCUGGGAUGGGGGAGAUGGUAAUGCAGGUUCUGGUGGGAUCGGUCAUUCACAGUGAGGGCAGCUACAGCUUCCUGUUGUGUGGGAUGAUCAUCGGCUGCAUCGGAUUCAUACUCUUCUUUGGUCUGCUGCUUUUCCACAGAAUGCACAAGAACUACCUCACAGGUACAUCGAAAAAGACAGCCAUGGUGGAGGAACCGGUCACAGACUGUGUGAAGCAGUGAGUGACGGAGGACAUGACGGAGGGAGGGAAGGAAGGAGGAGGAAGAGUAGGAAGGAGGAGGAAGAGUACGAGUACUGCUGCUUGAAGGGAUUCUGCGGAAUGUCCACACUGAUCAAUCGGUGACAAGGGGGAACAGGAAGUGCUGUAAUCAGCGACACAAACUUUCCGAAAUGGAUAUGGUGGAGGGUGGGGAGGGGGGUAAGGGUGUGGAUGAGUCACAGCCAGCCCCCCCCC